AUGGAUCUGGAUAUUGAGAUGGGCGAUGCCGCCGAUGGCCACCACGAUGCGGUUCUGGCGCCUCUCCCUGACGCAGACGAUAUUCUGCAACCCGACGAGGUCGACGAGCCCGGCGAGAUUGCGGACGACGACCCAAAGCUUGACGAGGACGCCACUACGAUCGUAUCCAACAAGAUUAACAUACGAGGCGUCGACUCUCUACACACAGAUGACAUCAAAGCAUAUGUCAAAUCCCACUUCGCCCCCGUCGAUAGAGUGGAAUGGGUCGAUGAUACCUCCGCCAACUUGGUCUUUGGCUCCGACUCGAGCGCCCGCGACGCAAUGAUCGCGCUCAGCUCCAUUGAGAUUGCAGAUGCCACCGCUCUCCCCGCCGGGGAAACGCUUCCCGCAAAGCCCGUCGAGGGAAAGCCGGAGGUCACUCUGCACGUCAGAUUCGCGGUGGCCAGCGACCGGAAGCAAGUCGGCGCGGCCCUUCGCAGCCGCUACUAUCUCCUCCACCCAGAACACGACCCCGAAGAGCGCCGCCGGCGACAGCAGGAAUCCCGCUCGCGCUACAGGGAUAGGGACAACAGUGGCUACCGCAGAGGAGGCGACCGUCGCCGGCGCGAUGGCUCGGAUGAGGAGGUGGAAACGUUCGAGGCCAGCAUGUACGACGACGCGCCCCGUCCACCGACAAGAAGACGAUCCGACUCUGGCGACAGACGGGACUCGUACGCGCGAGAGAAUCGCGGCAAGGAGCUCUUUGCAGACAGAGCGUCGCGCCGCAACCGUUCUGCGUCGCCUCUCCGCGACAACGACGGCGAUGCCUCUAUGGGCAGUACGCACGAUUCAUCGUCCCGCAACAGAGACUCGGCCCGUGCCGUGAAGGAGCGGCUCCGCACCGAAAACGGUGCCAAGGAGCUGUUCCCCUCCAAGUUCGGUUCCGCCAGCGGCCAACUCGAUAGACUUGAGGACGCCAUCGGGUCCGCUCAUCUUCGGGAGGAGGACAUGCCCAAAGUCGUCACAGUGCCUGUGGGCUCGCGGGGCGGAAGCUUCAACAUCAAGGGUGCGGCAAGCCAGACUGGCGAAGGGGACACGGGGUUCAGCAUCAAGGGCACCGCAAAUGCCCGCGAGUUGUUCCCAGGCAAGCUGGGCGGCAGUAACGCGGGCAAGGAGUUGUUUGAAGGGGGCAGGACAAAACCGAGACAAAAGGCUCAAGAUCUAUUUGGUUGA